AUGGACAGUGUGCUGGACCCUUUCUCCGGACUCGACUCCUUCUCCUCCCCUCCUUAUUUCGACGAUGACGACUUUUUCACCGACCAGUCCUCGAGGGACGGACACUUGGACACUGACGACUUUCUCGAUGACGACGUGGACUUCCUCACGAGUCAUUUCCAAGACUAUUACAGCAAAGACUGUGGCGGCAGAGCGGCGCCGCACGAUGGAGACUACGACAUCGGCAACCUGUCCUUCUCCUCCUCGUCCUCCACAUUCUCGUACGGCUGCGCAGACAGCACCCCGGACCUGUCCCCUCAGAUGGGCCACCACGGCGGGCCGCUGCUGAAGCGGAGGCGGCGGAUGAGGUCUGAGACGGAGAUGCAGCAGCUGCGGCAGGCGGCCAACGUCAGGGAGCGGCGGAGGAUGCAGUCCAUCAAUGACGCGUUCGAGGGGCUGCGCUCCCACAUCCCGACACUGCCCUACGAGAAGAGACUGUCCAAGGUGGACACUUUGCGACUCGCCAUUGGAUACAUCAACUUCCUCGCCGAGCUCGUGCAGUCGGAUCUGCCCAUUAGAAACUCCAGCAGCGAGACGCACGUGCAGCCCAAGAAGGUCAUUAUCUGCCACAGAGGAACAAGGUCUCCCUCCCCCAGCGACCCGGACUACGGCCUCCCUCCCCUGGCCGGUCACUCUCUGUCUUGGUCGGACGAGAAGCAGCUCCGUGAACAGAACGUCAUCCGCACCGCCAAGGUCUGGACACCGGAGGACCCCCGGAAACUGCACAACAAAGCGGGCCUCACAGACAUUGAAAAUGAGCCUCCUUUCGGCCUCGUGGCCUGA